UGCUUUUAAAAAAUAUAACAAAAGUUUAUCACUUGUCAAAAAUAUUGUUAAGCUUCAAAAAGAAGUUAAAGAAACAAAUAGCGAAUAUUUUAAAUUAAACAAGAAAUAUAUUGCUCUAAAAGAGAAAUAUGAGCCAGCCAACG